AUGCUGUCUUUUUGCUUUCCUUGCUGCCUGCUCCCCCUCCUACCCCUCAAGGCUAUUAUCGGAGAUCUAUUUGAUGUUUUAACCAUCUACUCACCCUCGCUGCGGGGUCUCGUUCUCCUCUUCCUCCUCCUUCUCCUCUCUCCCACAUUCUACUUCCCUCCUUUACACUUUCUUCAUCUCCUUAUUCCACCAGUCCAGUCCGUUCCGCUGCAAGCUGUGAUGCCCGAGGAAGCCAGAGCAGUUGUCGUUGAAGCACUGGAGCACUCACAAAGCAUUAAUCGUCCCCAGGAAGUGGUCUCUGUUUCCAAAAACAAAACGACGCGCAUUGCAUUAGACCGCACACCAACCACCGAGCUCAUUAACGUGCAACUACUAGUGGUAUGCCGCCUCACUGAGGCGCAGUAUCCACCACGCAGACUCAUGUUGCGCCUCUCUGUACCAAAACUCACCUUUACCACUCCAAGCCACACAAUUCCAUCAAGUCACUGUGGUGUCCCGCCAAACCUGCCAUCUUCCUAA